AUGGAUCCUGGCUGCCCUUUACUAAGCGAGCUGGAGAUCACCAACUCACAAGGCAGUGCUGUGGAUACAAGCAGUAUGCGGGGCAGUAAGCCAAAACACCAGUCGAAGAUGCUUGGGAGACACAGUGGUAGGAGCAUUCGCUUUCCCAUGGAACGGCUAUUAUCAACUUCCAAAAAGCAUUUGAUUCUAUUUGCCAUACAGGAAUGUUCUACAAAGUUAUUGAAAGUGGUGUAGGAGGUAAAACAUAUGACAUAAUUAAAUCAAUUACGUGCAGCAUCAACAUGGGGAAGAACAUAAUUCUUUAACCAGGGGACAGGGCCUUCGCCAGGGUUGCAAUCUGAGCCCUGCAUUCUUCAAUAUUUACUCAACAAAUUGGGCACUAUUCUAGAAAAAUCCUCAACCACUGGUGUUAGUCUCCACAAUUCAGCCGUUAAAUGCCUGCUCUUCACAGUUUACCUGUGCCUGCUGUCACCCACAGCACACGGCCUACAGCAGAGCCUGGACCUGCCAGAGCAGUACUGCCAGACCUGGGCCCUGGCAGUAAACCCCCAAAAAGACUAAAAUAAUGAUUUUCCAGAGAAGAUCCAGAUCUCAGGGAAUUAGACCAAGGUUCUCAACUGGUACAAAAUAUAUAGAGUACUGCACACAUAGGUUUAAAAAUAAUCUCAACUGGACACCUUAAUGAGGCAGUGAAUUAACUGAGAGAGAAAGCACACAGGGCAUUCUACGCCAUUAAAAAACAAAUUCAAAUUGAAAUACCUAUACAAAUUCGGCUAAAACUAAUUGAAUGUGUCAUUGAAGCAAUUUCACUUUAUGGCAGCGAGGUGUGGGGUCCACUUGCAAAACAAGAUUUCACCCAAUGGGACGAAUACCCCAUUGAAACCCUGCAUGCAGAGUUCUCUAAAAUUCUCCUACAUGUCCAGAGGGAAAACUACAAACAAUGCAUGCAGGGCAGAAUUAGGCCUAUAUCCACUAAUAACAAAAACUAAAAAAAUAGCAAUUAAGUUUUGGAAACAUUUAAAAUGCAGUGACCCCCUCUCACAUCAUUACCAAGCCCUGCAAUGCAAAGAGCUGAGCAAAGAAAAGAGUCCCCUCAUCCAGCUGGACCUGGGGCUGAGUUCACAAACCUGUUCUACUAACACACUGAAGCCUCAGGACCAGAACAUCCAAUCAAUCAGAAUAAACCACAUUUCUAAACAAAACGGCAUGACCUAUUGGGAAACACAAGCACAAAGCAACAUUCAGUGCACUCUGGCCCUAAAUCGACAGUACACCAUGACAAAUUAUUUGACCAUGGUUACUGAUCAAAACCUUAGGAAAACCUUGACAAAAUACAGGCUCAGUGAGCACAGCCUUGCCCUUGAGAAGGGUAGACACAGGAAAACCUGUCUUCCUAUAGAGGAAAGGCUGUGCAACCACUGCACCACACAGAACCCGAGACAGAGCUGCAUUUCCUGUCAAAAUGUCAUUUCCCCAAAUUUGAAACCCUUAUUCAAAGACCACUCUGAUGAGAAUAGGCUCCCCGUCCUGUUGGGGGAAAACGCAGAGAGCUGUGGGUUGGCAGUGCAGAGAGAGAGAGAGAGACAGAGACAGAGAGACAGAGAAGAAGAGAGAGAAGAUGACAGGAGAGAAAGAGAAGAGAAAAGAGAGAGAAAGAGAGGAAAAGAGAAGAGAGAGAGAAGAGAAGAAAAAAAAGAGAAGAGAAGAGAGAAUAGAGAAAGAAGAGAGAGAGAGGGAAAAAGAGAAGAGAGAGACCAGAAAAAACAAAGGGGAGAGAAAGAGAAAGAGAGAAAAGAUAGGAGAGACAAAGAGAAAAAACAAUAGAGAAAAAAAAGAAAAAACACCCCCCACCAACGCAAACCGAAAAAGACAGAAACAGACGACAGAAAAAGGAGGGGGGGACAACAGACAACAGACAGACAACAACAACGAACAGCAGAGAAGAAGAAGGAGCCAAAAAAAGGACAGAAAAGGGAAGAAAAAGAAAACAGAAGAAGGCCAGAGAGAGAGAGAAGAGAAAAAAGAGGAGAAAAGGGGAGAGACAGGAAAGAAGAAAAAAGAAGACAUAAGAAGAAGAAACAGAAAAGAAAAAAAAGAAGAAAAAAAAAGACAACGACAACGACAAAACAGACAGACAGACAGACCAGACAGACAAGGUAGAGAAGAGACAGCUAGAGAGGAGAGAGAGAGAGCAGAGACAAGAGAGAGAGAGAGAGAGACGAGAGAGACAGAGAGAGAGACAGAGGAGAGAGAGAGAGAGCGAGAGGAGAGAGAGCAGAGAGAGAGAUAGAGCCAGGAGAGGAGAGGCAGAGACAGAACAAAUAAAUAUUACUGUUGAUGAAUUGAUUAGAUAAGAAAUGGAAGAAGCAAGGAGCUCUUCUGUUGAGUUAGGGAGUAAAACUCCAGUAAAGAGUUCAGUGCAGUGAGUGAACUCAGCGCAUGUGAACAGGAAUAGAACAGUAAAUAGGGCCAGGUGACCUCAGACACCAUAGCGUGGACUCACACACACACACACACACACACACACACACACACACACACACACACACACACACACACACACACACACACACACACACACACACACACACACACACACACACACACACACACACACACACACACCACACACACACACACACAGCUACAUCUUCAUUUAUGGCAUGGAGGCAUGGAACAGGGACACAUGGAAACAACAGGUCUUGGCUCCCCUCUCCCCACAGUUUAUAAAGCUAGGGAAACCAGACACGCAACCAGCCCUCGUUUCGCUUCUCAUGUGUAUUCUGUGUUUACUAUGCCUGUGUGUGUGUCUAUGAGUGUAUGUGUGUGUGUGUGUGGUUCUGUGUCUGUGUCUAUGCCUGUGUGUGUGUGUGUGUGUGUGUAUGUGUAUUUCUGUAAGUAGUUGCUCUUCUGUAUUUCUCAACGUUAGUCUGCCCGCUGCGUGGCCUCUGAAGUCCAGGCAGCUCAUGUCCGUCUCCUGGAGCAGCAGAUGUAUGCUAACUAGUAGCAGAACCUAGCAGAACCUCUCGUCUCUCUCCUCCCUGAACGGCCCUGUCAGGCCCCGGCCCCACCGCCCACGAACACAAAGACCCAUACCAGAGGAGUGCAUCACCCCUGCCUGCUUUGUUUGGAAAGAAUGAACACAUUGCUGCUGCUUCCUAAUGUUUUCCGAAUGGAGGCAGGUAUGUGUGAUCGAGUGUAAAAGUUGAGUGGGCUUGCGAACUCCUCCGUAGUGUAAUUGGUUCUUUACAGUAAGUAGGCCAUGAUGUUCUCCCAGCUAGCACAUUUGGUUCCUUGGAAGUUGUGGAAACAUACGUUUUUGGUUUCUCAUUGGUUCUGGGAAUGAAGCCAUAGUUUCCUGACCGGUAAAAUUGAAAUUACGGUAACAGUAAUUUUAAGGUUGCUGGGAGGUUCUGAGAACAUUUUACUAUGAUUCCCUGAAAGUUUUCCAAUGAGGUUUUAUUAACGCUUUGAGAACGGAAAUUAUAGGUUAUUUGAAGGUAAUUAAAUAAUGUUCUGAGAACAUAUUUCAAUAAGACUUUUAAUAAAACUGCUAGCUUAGUUUGGAUUAACUGUUUUGAACUCCAAGCACAGAUCGGAGACAUGGGAAUUAAUUUGCAUAAGCAUUAGUCCUGCAAACAUAUUUCUUAUUUACUAUUGUAUUUGAGAACAUUCCCAAUGUUAAACCAGUUGGAGAGCGUUACUAGAACAUUAUCAAAAUUGAAAUUAAAUGUGACCAUGUUUUAACUUUUAGGAAACGUUCUGUUAAAGUCAUGAAAUGUACUGAGAAUGUUCCAAAGCCAAGCAACUAUCCUGCACCAUUCCCAGAAAAUUGUGGAAAGGUUGUAUACAAAAUAACCAUAGGACAACCACGCUCUCACCAAGCUCUAAGAAACAUAUGGUUCUCAGAACGUUAUGUGCUUGCUGGGACGACAUUAUGAACUUUACCCAGUACCAGGACAUUUUAACCAAAAACCUGGUUGCCUCUGCCUAGCUCGGCUCUCACAACAGAUCCCAUUCCGGCCCAUGGAGUGAUAUGACAACUGGACAGUAUGCGAGAGAAGAUACUUAACAGUAGUUAUAAAACAGCUGUCCAGCUGUGGCCUAAAAUCAAUAUUCAAAACGAAUAAUAAAUAAUAAUGAUCAUUAUAAAAAAAAGAGAACAAACGUCAGAAAUCUCCUCCCCCAACGAUUAAAGGUAUACCCUGGCCUAGUAGCUGUAAUAUGUGAUGGUAUAUAGUAACUGCUAGAUGUUUCCACAACUGGAACUAUCUAGUCCAAUGGACUCCAGUCUGAUGACAGAGUUAGUUAGAAAGUAUUACUCUCUUCUUUACAGUGAGUGGCCUGACCUGAUGGUUCUUCUCAAUUAAAGGCCUGCUGAGAUCAGAGAGCAAGCCAUAAGGACCACUCACAACUCCACUUCCCCUAGCUAACAACAUCCCCUUCAAUUAUUAUUGUAACAGGAGAGAAAAAGUUAGUGGAAACUAUGUGUAUUCCAGACUCUCUUGGUGGGAGAGCGGAGCAGGGCUCUUUGCUCUUAGCUGGUCUGGUAGGAGGUAGGAUACAUUUACACUUCGGACAGAUGGGGGUGGGGGGGAUCAAGCUAUCUUAAAAUUCUGCUUUCUCUGGUCAACACGACAAGCUCUCGUCCCUUGCUCUCUUUCUCUCUCUAUGUAUAUGUUUCUGCUGAUCACCUCUUCCUCCCUCCACAACCUUUCACCUUCACUUCCUGCUGAUCACCUCUUCCUCCCUCCACAACCUUUCACCUUCACUUCCUGCUGAUCACCUCUUCCUCCCUCCACAACCUUUUACCUUCACUUCCUGCUGAUCACCUCUUCCUCCCUCCACAACCUUUCACAUUCAUUUCCUGUAAGUAUGCUUCUCUUGUACUUUCUCUCUCCUUCCCUCCAUUGUCAUGGUGAUAAUGUGGCCUGUCUCUAACCUCGUAGUGUCCUCUCCAUCUUCUCCUCCCAUGACCGUUACAUUUCCCUCUCUCUCUUCCCUCUCCCACAAUUCUUCAUCCUCUUCGCCCCGCACCCUGACCCGGUCAGCCUCUCAUUAUAUUCACCCACCAGAAUGUGGAACCGCUCCACUUCAUGUGAGUAGAAAACCGCAGAGUGUAGUUCUGGCUGGAGAGCUGGGCUUCUACUUAGCCAGAGAGCUGCUGCUGUGCGUCCGUCUGCAGUCUGCACUCAACCUGACUCCUCUCUGCUCUGACCAACAGACACAACAAAAAAAAAAUCCACCAACCCACACCGGUCGGUCAGCCGGUCGGUGACAGCUUCACGUUUCCCCGUGUCUGCUGCGUUGCUCUCAGGAUGCUGGCACUCGUCCAUUAUAUUAUGAACUGCUUCCUGACGGGGGCUGCCAAAAAGCCCCCAGUAUAUAUACAGUAUUGAUGGACCUGAACUGGAAAACUGUAUGAACUGUGUAAGCAUCAGCGAGUUUAACAAAAGUCUCAUAACAGAGCUGUAAGGUGUAUCAUUUGGUAAGCUACUAAAGCAGUCAGAGACCACUCAAAUUACACUAGGGGCCAAUUAAAUGGGAUUCUUCUAUGGGACCAAUAGUGUGACGUCACCAUUUUCCUCUACCUGGGUCGGAGACCUGGGUUCAAAUCAAAUCAAAUGUUAUUGGUCACAUACACAUAUUUAGCAGAUGUUAUUGCGGGUGUAGCGAAAUGCUUGUGUUCCUAACUCCAACAGUGCAGUGGUAUCUAACUAACAAGAACAUUUAAAUUAUAUUUAAGGUAUUUCAAUUACUUUCAUAUACAUUUCAAAAUAAGUAUUUAAAUAUGUUUUUAUUUCAAAAUACAAGUAGUUUGGAAAUACACUUGGAAUGUUUUGGCAUGUAUUUGAAAAUACUCAAAUACAAAGACAAGUGUAUUUUCAAAUACAAAUAUUUAAAUACUCCCAUGCAGGUCUGUUUGGUCCUAGGGCUUUUUGAAAUGUAUUUAGAAACAAUUAUUUGAAAAUAGUUUCAAAUAGUAUUUAUAGGAAGAUACCAUUUCUUUUACAUUCAAAUACUUAAAUUUGAAGUAGUUGAUUCGGCAACAUUAUUUGAAAAUACUCAAAUACACAGAAAAUAAGUAUUUAAAAUACAAAUACUUAAAUAGGCAUGUAUUUGAACCCAAGUCUGCUGGGUUGUUCUGGCAGAGAUGGCUCAGCUGUUUUUACUGGAUGUUCUUCUUGUGAAGGUCACACAGUUCAUGUUCUAUUCAAUUCGGACCACAACGUGUAGCCCAUAAAAACCCUGUCCAGACGCCUCCUGCUAUCAGGCAGGGGAUUGGAAUGGCGGGCCAGGACCAAGAGGAUGGAGAGACCCAGACCCGUCCUAUUCUGCAAUCCUUCAAACAAAACAAAUACACACACACACACAUGCACGCACCCACGCACACACUCAGACUCAGACCCGACCCAUAAUGCAACAUAAUCGACCUUACAAACACACAUGUAAUGUCUGAACCUUAGAACUGUGAGUUAUAGGAUGGCUGUCUAAAAUGAAACAUGGGACGGAUACAUCUCAUAAGAGAUGUCCCAGUGUAAGUCCUCUGUGGACUUAAAUAAGCCAUAGGAUGGACCACACUAGAGCCUUCCCAGCUACCCAGGUUCUGAAAACCAUACGUUUCUUAGAGCUUGGUGAGAGCGUGGUUGUCCUUUGGGUAUUUUGCAUACAACCUUCCCACAACAUUCUGGAAAUGGUACAGGAUACCAAGCUAGCACAUAAUGUUCUGAGACCCAUGUGUUUUUAAGUUGGGAAUUUCAGUACUUCAGCAUAACAUUUCCUACAGGUUUCCUCAUGGUUCUGUUGAAAGUAAUGUUCUCAGAACGUUCAGAGAAUGUUAAGAAACAACGUUCUUCUGUGGGAAUUUCAGUACUUCAGCAUAACUUUCCUACAGGUUUCCUCAUGGUCUAUUUAAAGUCAUGUUUUCAGAACGUUCAGAGAACGUUAAGAAACAACGUUCUUCUGUAGGAAUUUCAGUACUUCAGCUUAACGUUUUCUAUAGGUUUCCUCAUGGUUCUAUUUAAAGUAAUGUUCUCAGAAUGUUAAGAAAAUGUUCCAUAAAAUCCACAAGAAAACAUUAAUAAUGUUCAAAGAACAUUAUUUAAAAACAUAUACAUUCCAUUCUCAGCGUAAACAAAACUCUAUUUUCUAUCUUGCUAAUUGUGUUCAGGUGUGUUGAUCUAAUGAUCUUAAUGAGUGUUUGUUUCUUCAGGUCUGUUUGAGUAGACUAAAAUGAACAGCAUUGUAUGAAAUGGCACGUUAGCUCCGUCCUGGUGGCGCAGUGGACUAAUUCCAUGGAUGUAAAUCAUAGGUUUGACUCUCACUGACGCCGGGCCAGAAUAAGAAAGAAAUGUGUUUGCAUGAUUAAUUCCUAUGCACAUGAAUUUCUAUCUGUGCUUGGAGUGCAAAACAGUUACACUAAGCUAGCAGUUAUUAAGUAUUUCUUAAACAUUCAGUGAAAGUUUUAAGACUGUUAUUCAAAAACCUCCAAUUAACCUUUAAAUGGAGUUCAAAACAUUUCCAGCAUUUGGAGAAUGUUCUCAGAACACUAUUAAAUUACCUCCUCUGUAGCUCAAUUGGUAGAGCAUGGCACUUGUAAAGCCAGGGUAGUGGGUUCGAUGCCCGGGACCACCCAUACUUAAAAAUGUAUGCACACAUGACUGUAAGUCGCUUUGGAUAAAAGUGUCUGCUAAAUGGCAUAUUAUUAUUAAACUAUAACUACAAUAAAAUGUUCUCAGAACCUCCCUGCAACCUAAAAAUGUGUCUUCCUAGAACAGGUGAAAUCUUCACUUCUGUUCUCAGAACCUUUAAAAAACAUUCAGUUUUACUGGUCGUGAAACUUGUGGCUUCGUUCCCAGAACCAAUGGGAAACCAAAAACGUACGUUCCCACAACUUCCAAGGAACCAAAUGUGCUAGCAGGGUUCAGUUCUGUACUAUUACAGACUGUAUGACCACAUAACCAGGCCCUCUGCAGUUCAUUGCUGAUCAGAUCCAGAUGCCUCACACACACACACACACACACACAUAAACACACUCUAUAACACAGGUCUGAAAUACUAACAAGAUGGCGCCGACAGACAUGGUCACCCUGUUCAUAGCUCCUAGCCAACUUUGCAGUAUUUUAUUAUUUUUGUGUUAUUUCUUACAUUAUUUGCUCAGAACGUUUCUAGUAUUAUUACCUACAGUCGAAAAUAACAACUUUUGGACAUUAGAUUGGCGGUCCCUCACCAGAAAUUCGACCGGAAAUUUGACUUCCCUGACCUGGAUCCUUAGUUUGGACUCCCCGAGACAGCCCUAUUCAUCUCGGGUGCUACACCAAAACGUUGACACCGGAGAAGAGGGAGCAGAGGUGGGCUUUUUGUCAGGCUUCGGUGGCGAGCAAAUCAUCUACCACUUCCGAAUAUGUUACUCGCUAACGUUCAGUCCCUGGACGAUAAAGUAGACGAGCUCAGGUCGAGGAUCUACUUCCAGAGAGACAUUAGGGACUGUAACAUACUCUGUUUUACGGAAUUAUGGCUCUCUCCAGAUAUAUUGCCCCCAUCAUUACAGCCAAUGGGAUUCUCCAUUCUUCGCACGGACGGGAAGAAAGAACUCUCCGGGAAAAAAAGAGGUGGAGAGGUAUGUCUCAUUAUUAACAACUCAUGUUGUGAUUGUGGUAACGUAGAGGAACUCAAGUCCUUUUGUUCUCCUGAUCUGGAAUACCUCACCAUCAAAUGCCGACCACAUUUCUUCCCGAGAUAAUUUUAUUCGUUUAUUAGCACUGGUGUGUAUAUUCCCCCCCAAGCAGACACCGCAAUGGCUCUCAAGGAACUACACUGGACUUUGUGCAAACUGGAAACCGCAUAUCCUGUGGCCACAUUUAUUGUGGCUGGGGACUUUAAUAAAGGAAAUCUGAGGGAAACGCUCUCGAAAUUCUGUCAACACAUCUCCUGUGCUACACGUGGAGAGAACACGCUUGACCAGCAUUACUCUCCCUUCAACUACAGCUACAAGGCCCUCCCUUGCCCUCCCUUCGGCAAAUCAGAUCACACCUCUAUCCUGCUCCUCCGCCUAUAGGUAGAAACCUAAGCAGGAACCACCCGUGGUAAGGUCUGACCAAUCGGAAUCUAUGCUUCAAGACUGUUUUGAUCACGUGGACUGGAAAAUGUUCCGGGUCACCUCUGGGAAUAGUAUCGACAACUGCACUGACUCGGUGACUGGGAUCAUCAGAAAGUGUAUAGAGGAUGUUGUUCCCACUGGGAUGAUUAGAAAUGAUCCAAACCAAAAACCGUGGAUAAAUGGCAGCAUUUGCUCAAAACUGAAAGCCCGAACCACAGCAUUUAACCCAGGUCUAGGUGACUGAGACCAUGAACAUGUACAAACAGAACAGCUAUGACCUCCAUAAGGCAAUCAAAGAGGCAAAACGUCAGUACAGGGACAAAGUGGAAUCACAAUUCAACGGCUCUGACACCAGACGCAUGUGGCAGGGAGUCCAGACAAUCACAGAUUAUAAACCAGCCACGUCACGGACACCGACGCCUCACUCCCGAACAAGAACUUUCUUCACCCGCUUUGAGCAAAACAUCACCAAGUCACCUAAGUGGGCCCACGCCACUCACCUGUGUGCUCCCGAUCUCUGUGGCCGACGUGAGUAAGACAUUCAAGCAGGUUAACCCUCGCAAAGGCUGCCAGCCCAGACGGCAUCCCAAGCCACGUCCUCAGAGCAUGUGCAGACCAGCUGGGUUGAGUGUUUAAGGACAUAUUCAAUCUCUCCCUAUUCCAGUCUGUUGUCCCCACUUGCUUCAAGAUGUCCACCGUUGUUCCUGUAUCCAAGAAAGCGAAGGUAACUGAACUAAAUGACUAUCUCCCUGUAGAAAUCAAUUCUGUCACCAUGAAGUGCGUUGAGAGGCUAGUUAAGGAUCAUAUCACCUCCACAUUACCCAACACCCUAGACCCAAUACAAUUUGCAUACUGCCGCAACAGAUCCACGGAUGACGCAAUCGCCAUUGACUGCACCCUUCCCUCUCCCACCUGGACUAGAAGAAUACCUACAGUGCCUUCAGAAAGUAUUCACACCCCUUUACUUAUCCCACGUUCUGUUGUGUUACAGCCUGAAUUUAAAAUUGAUUCAAUGGAGAUUUUGUGCCACUUAUCUACACAUAAUACCCCCCACAAUGUCAAAGUGGAAUUUUAUUGUUAGACAUUUUUGUAUAUUAAUAAGUAUUCAACCCCUUUGUUAUGGCAAGCCUAAAUACGUUCAGGAGUAUAAAUGUGCUUAACAAGUCACAUAAUAAGUUGCAUGGACUCACUCUGUGUGCAUUAAUAGUGGUUAACAUGAUUUUUUAAUGAUUACCCCAUCUUUGCACCCCACACAUACAAUUAUCUGUAAGGUCCCUCAGUCGAGUAGUGAAUUUCAAGCACAGAUUCAACCACAAAGACUAAGGAGGUUUUCCAAUGUCUCGCAAAGAAGAGCACCUAUUGGUAGAUGUGUACAAAAAAAUAUCCAAUACUAACAUAAAUGACAGAGUGAAAAGAAGGAAGUCUGUACAGAAUAAAAAAUAUUCCAAAACAUGCAUCCUGCUUGCAAUAAGGCACUAAAGUAAUAUUGCAAAGAAUGUGGCAAAGAAAUACACUUUUUGUCCUGAAUACAAAUAAUUAUGUUUGUGGCAAAUCCAACAUCAUUAGGAUAAAAAUAAACGGAAUAGAGCUAAGCACAGGCAAAAUCCUAGAGGAAACCUGGUUCAGUCUGCUUUCCAACAGACACUGGGAGACCGAUUCACCUUUCAGCAGGACAAUAACAUGAAACUCAAGGCCAAAUAUACAGUACACUGGAGUUGCUUACCAAGUCAACAUUGAAUGUUCCUGAGUGGCCUAGUUACAGUUUUGACUUAAAUCGGCUGAAAAUCUAUGGCAAGACUUGAAAAUGGCUGUCUAGCAAUGAUCAACAACCAACUUGACAGCGCUUGAAGAGUUUAAAAAAGAAUAAUGGGCAAUCCAGGUGUGCAAAGCUCUUAGAGAAUUACCCCAAAAGGCUCACAGAUUUAAUCGCUGCCAAAGGUGAUUCUAACGUGUAUUGACUCAGGGGUUGAAUACUUAUCGAACUGUCACAUUUGCUCCUGCAACGCCCUCUACUGCUCAUCCUGUGUCUCCUUGACCUGCCGCCACUCCCCCAGUACUCUCUCCCUCUCCCUCUCUCUCUCUCUGUGUGUGUAUGAUUGUGUGGGCGGAGACAGGUGUGCUGGAGUAAGAGCAGAUCCCCACCAGCUGCAACCUGUUCCAUAAUCAAGACCUCUACAAAUACUCAGUCCUGCCACUUCCACACUGCCAGAUCGUAAUCUCUGCUCAGUCAGUCUACGGUUCUAGCCGUGUGUUACUAUUCAGAUCCUGUUAUCCUGUUGUGCCUGUUUUCCUCGCCUGAUGCUGGUUUCCUCUCCGCUACAGUUCUGCCCGCUCUGACUCUGGUCCCUGUCUCCAGUCCCACGUCUUGUCAUCCUGCUACUCUGUCCUGGAUUCCACACUCUACUACUCCCUUGGAUUCCCCUUCGGACCUGCUCACCCUGUCUCAACCCCCCUCGCUCCAGCCUCAGCCUCCGCACCUGGUUUCCAGCAGUUUCCCCUGACCUGCACCCCAUCUCCCCCCUGUGUUUUAAUAAAUACCUUGGUUACUUCAUCCCAGUCUCCUCGUCUGAGUCUGCUCUUGGGUUCCCCUGUUCCACUCCGCGAAACAGUACGAUCUGGCCAAAGAGAUGAACCCAGCGGACUCUGCUACUUUCCACCAUAUCCUUGUCGGCCAAGGUGCCCUGCUCAAGCAACAUGACCAAGCCCUGAAGAUCCUUCUGGAGCACAUGAAGGAGUUUUCACAGAGCCUGUCUGACCUACAGGGCCGACCCUUAUCCCAGAGCUCACAACCAGUUCCAAGUCCUUCUCCUCCGCUCCGGGAGCCGUUUGUUCCGACUCCUGAGCAUUACGAUGGCAACCUCAGAGCUUGCAGAGCUUUUUUGGUACAAUGUUCACUAGUAUUUGAGCAACAGUGCUACCCUUAUGCUAGCGAACGGGCCAAUAUUUCCUUUCUGAUUGGCUGCCUCUGUGGAGCAGCGCUUUGCUGGGCCAAGGUGGUGUGGGAGAGACAGUCCCCCAUCUGCUUCUCCUACUCCAGAUUCACGGAGGAGAUUAAGAAAGUCUUUGACCACCUGUUCUCCGGUAAGGAUGCCGCUAAAAGACUCCUGUCCCUCCGUCAAGAACCCCAUAGUGUUGCUGAGAUGGCAUGUGAGUUCCGCACCCUCGCCGUUGAGAGCGGCUGGAAUGAGGGGGCCCUUCAGGGAGCAAUCCGGAACGCGCUCACUGAGACCCUCAAGGACGAGUUGGUGUCCAGGGAUGAGCCUGAUGGACUUGAUAAACUCAACUCUCUCACUAUCCGCAUUGACAACCGUCUCCGUGAGCGUCGGAGGGAGAGGGUAGGUAGGGUUGCAUGUCCCAUAACAUCUGCUUCAGUGCCUUGUCCUCCUUCUCCGACUGCACCCCAUCCCCAGGCUCAUCAAAUCCUCAACCCAUGAAGCUCGUGCGGGCCCGUCUCUCUCCAGAGGAGAGGCAACGACAAAUCAGCAGUAGGAGCUGCCUAUACUGUGACCAGGUUGGUCACUUUGUUUCCACUUGUUCCCUGCGUCCAGCAAAAGAGGGGGCUCGGCAGUAGUGGGGGAUAUACUGUUGAGCCAAAUCGCCUGCCCAUCUUCCCCCAGACCCUUGCUUGAAGGCAACCUGAUGGCAGAGCCAGGCUUCUCCUCUGUCUGCUCUCAUCGAUUCGGGCACCAACGAGAGCUUCCUGGACCGAGGUGUCGUUACCCAGUUGGGCCUGGACACUGUCCCACUCUAUUCACCCCUCGAUGCCAACGCUCUCAAUGGACAGCUCCUCACCCGUGUCCGUGAGAGAACCGUCCCUGUCAUCCUGUGUCUCUCUGGAAAUCACCAGGAUCAGUUUCCACAUAAUCGACUGUCCUUACUCUCCCCUGGUUCUUGGCCAUCCAUGGUUAAAGCUACACAACCCACAGAUUGACUGGACCGCCAGAAAGGUAACCACUUGGAGUUCAUUUUGUCACUCUAAUUGUUUACAUUCUGCCCUUCCCCCUGCCUUGUCUGUGCCCCAGUUCAUUCCAGAACCUCCGGACCUGUCAUCAGUUCCUCCCGAGUAUCACGAUCUAGCUCCUGUGUUCAGCAAGUACCACGCCCUGUCGCUGCCGCCUCACCAGCCUGGAGCUCCUCUCCCCAGUAGCCGGUUGUUUAACCUCUCUCAUCCCGAGCAAGAGGCUAUGGAGAGGUAAUUCCAGGAUUCCCUGGCGGCAGGACUUAUCAAGCCAUCUUCCUCCCCGGUGGGUGCUGGGUUUUUCUUUGUGAAGAAGAAGGAUGGGUCACUGAGGCCGUGCAUAGACUUCCGUGGGCUGAAUAAUAUCACUUUUAAGAACAAGUAACCCUUUUCCACUCAUCAGCUCUGCUUUUGCCCCCCUUCAUGGUGCCACAGUGUUUACCAAACUCGACCUCCGGAAUGCCUACCACCUUGUCUGCAUAAGAGAGGGGGACGAGUGGAAGACUGCAUUCAACACACCACUUGGUCACUUUGAGUAUUUGGUCAUGUCUUUUGGUCUUACUAACGCCCCUGCUGUUUUCCAGAACCUAGUCAAUGACGUGCUGAGGGAUGUGAUUGGACGCUUCGUUUUUGUCUAUUUAGAUUUUUUCCAAGGACCCUGAGGCUCACCAGCAACACGUUCGCCAAGUUCUUAAACGGCUGUUGGAGAAUAAGCUUUUUGUUAAAGCUGAAAAAUGUGAGUUCCAUGCUGCCACAGUGUCUUUCCUGGGUUAUAUUAGUGCACAGGGACAGUUACGUAUGGACCCCGCCAAGGUCAUGGCAGUCACAGAGCGGCCUGCGCCCUCCAACAUGAAGCAGAUACAGCGUUUCCUGGGGUUUGCACAUUUUUACAGAUGUUUCAUCCGCAACUACAGCCAUCUGGCAGCACCUCUCACCUCCACUCCGUUCCACUGGACUCCUGAGGCAGCAUUCCUGGAACUCAAGCGUCGCUUCACCUCCGCUCCGGUCCUUACUCAGCCCGAUCCAGAACUACAGUUCAUCAUGGAGGUGGACGCCUCUGACACCGGGGUAGGUGCUGUUCUGUCUCAACGUUCCGCCUCUGAUCAGAAGGUCCACCCAUGUGCAUUAUUUUCCCGUAAGCUCUCACCUGCAGAGAGGAAUUUUUACAUCGGAAACUGGGAACUCCUGGCAGUUAAGCUGGCUUUGGAGGAAUGGUGUCACUGGCUGGAGGGCUCUGUAACCCCCUUCAUCGUGUGGACUAACCAUAACCUGUCCUACAUCCCGGAAAGCAAGGUGGGCCUUGUUCUUUGGUAGAUUCAAUUUCACACUCCCUUAUCGCCCCAGUUUGAAGAAUACGAAGCCUGAUGCCCUCUCUCGCCAGUUCAACACGGGUACCGAGCCCGAAGCCAUUGUGCCAUCCACCUGCAUCGUUGCCGCCGUCACCUGGGAGAUCGAGUCCCGUAUACGCCAGGCUCAGCAGAACCAGCCUGACCCGGGUAACGGUCCUAGUAAUGCUCUGUUUGUCCCAGAUUGUGUUCGCUCUGAUGUUCUUCAGUGGGGCCACUCUACCCACCUCACCUGUCACCCUAGUAUGAACCGGACCCUCGCCUUCCUGCGUCAGCGCCUUUGGUGGCCCACCAUGGAGAGAGAUGUCCAGGAGUUUGUCUCAGCCUGUUCGGUUUGUGGCCAGAACAAAACCCCCACUAAACCCACUUCCAGUCUGCUCCGCCCUCUUCCCAUACCCAGUCGCCCCUGGUCACACAUAGCUCUGGACUUCGUCACUGGCCUUCCCCCAUCUAACGGUAACUCCGUCAUCCUCACCGUUAUUGACAGGUUUUCCAAAAUGGCUCACUUCAUUCCCCUCUCUAAGCUCCCGUCCUCCAGGGAGACUGCAGACCUGUUAGUAUCCCAUGUGUUUCGUCUGCAUGGCAUCCCCACUGACAUCAUUUCCGACAGAGGACCCCAGUUUACCUCACAGUUAUGGAGAUCCUUCUGUUCAGCUCUUGGUAUCAAUGUCAGUCUUUCUUCUGGAUAUCACCCCCAGACCAACGGCCAGACCGAACGGGCCAACAAAGAGAUGGAGACUGCCCUACGCUGCGUGACAUCUGCUAACCCUUCCUCCUGGAGCGCUCAGCUACCCUGGGCUGAAUAUGCCCACAACACCCUCACCAACGCCUCGUCAGGUAUGUCACCCUUCGAGUGUGCUCUGGGUUACCAACCCCCCUUGUUCCCCGCCCAAGAGGUUGAGGUUGCGGUUCCCUCUGUCCAGGACCAUCUGCGCCAUUGUCACCGUACCUGGAGGAAGGCCCUGGCUGCCCUUCUUCCUGCCUCCGACAGGACCCAGUCCCAAGCCAACUGUCGCCGGUCCUUAGCUCCAGUCUACACACCGUGUCAAAAGGUAUGGCUCUCACCGAAGGACCUGCCAUUGAAGGUGGCAUCGAAUAAACUUUCCCCCUGAUUCAUUGGUCCCUUUGAAAUUGACCAUGUCGUUAACCCCUCUGCGGUGCGCCUGAGACUUCCAGCCUCUCUCAGGAUCCAUCCUACCUUCCACAUAUCCCUGAUUAAACCUGUCUGCUCCAGUCACCUGUCUCCUCCUGCAGCAGCUCCUCCACCCCCUCGGCUCAUCGAUGACCAUCCUGCCUAUACCGUCCGGCGGCUUCUAGACGUGCGCCGUCGGGGUUGUGGCUGGCAGUACCUGGUGGACUGGGAGGGAUACGGGCCUGAGGAGUGCUGCUGGGUGCCCUGCCGUCACAUUCUGGACCCCUCCCUCUUACGGGAUUUCUAUACCUCACACCUAGAUAAGCCUGGUCGGGCGUAGAGGGGUGGGGGGGGGUACUGUCACGUCUGCUCCUGCAACGCCCUCUACUGCUCAUCCUGUGUCUUCUUGACCUGCCGCCACUCCCCCUGUACUCUUUCCCUCUCCCUCUCUCUCUCUGUGUGUGUGUGUAUGAUUGUGUGGGCGGAGACAGGUGUGCUGGAGUCAGAGCAGAUCCCCACCAGCUGCAACCUGUUUCAUAAUCAAGACCUCUACAAAUACUCAGUCCUGCCACUUCCACACUGCCAGAUCAUAAUCUCUGCUCAGUCAGUCUACGGUUCUAGCCGUGUGUUACUAUUCAGAUCCUGUUGUGCCUGUUUUCCUCGCCUGACGUUGUUUUCCUCUCCGCUACAGUUCUGCCAGCUCUGACUCUGGUCCCUGUCUCCAGUCCCACGUCUCGUCAUCCUGCUACUCUGUCCUGGAUUCCACACUCUACUACUCCCUUUGAUUCCCCUCCGGACCUGCUCACCCUGUCUCAACCCCACUCGCUCCAGCCUCAGCCUCCGCACCUGGUUUCCAGCAGUUUCCCCUGA